GCUCUCGCUACUGUUGUAUUUUGGUCAUUCAGCGAAGCGGCUGAUUCUAUCGGUCGCUUCUUGUCCUUUAUUUCCCUGUUUAUUUUUGCUCCGAAGGAUUCUGUGGCAGCGUAAACUAAUGAUUCAUGUGAAAAGAUAAUACUGGCUUUGUAAAAUGCCUCGUAAACGCGGCGUAGGCUGUUUUGGGUCUCGCUCAAAUCACCCCGAAAUUCGCUAUGGCAUCGACCAUUCGAAAGGAAUGCAGUUACAACUUCAAGAGUUUUCUCAGCCAAUGCCAGAGGAGAGUGAACUCAAUGCCAAGUUCGCCGAGAUUGUGGAAGAGCUUGACCUCACAGCCGUGCAUAAAAAGGCUAUGUUUGAACUACCGCCGGAGAAAAAAUGGCAGCUUUAUUUAUCGAAAAAGAAGGAACAAGAGGAGUUAAGCUCAACAAGUUAUCCAGAGUACUACAUAGAUCAACUGAAAAGCCUUCAUGCUAUUUUUGUUUCCAAGAGUGAUGAAGAGAUAGAGGCCAGAACAAAGCUAGUCGAUGGACUCAAAACAGCACUCAGGACUCAGCCCUUGAGAUUUGUGCAUAGGUUUAUUGAAUUAGAUGGUUUAAAUUGUUUAUUAGAAUUCCUAGAAAAUAUGGACUUUGCAACAAGCCAAAGUAAAAUUCACACUGCAGCAAUAGGAUGUUUUAAAGCUUUGAUGAACAGCUCACAUGGUAGAGCUCAUGUGUUGGCCCACCCCUCAUGUAUUAACAUAAUUGCUCAGAGCAUGAGUGCAGAGAAUGCUAAAACUAAAAUCCAAGUGCUAGAAAUCCUAGGAGCUGUUUGCCUUGUUCCUGGAGGUCACAAGAAAGCUCUGGAUGCCAUGACGCACUUUCAGAAGUUUAACGAGGAACGAACAAGAUUCCAGACAUUGAUCAAUGAUCUGGAUCGUACCACUGGACAUUACAGAGAGGAGUUUAACUUGAAAAUUGCAAUAAUGUCAUUCAUCAAUGCAGCACUGAAAUACGGAGCAGGGGCGGAACAUCUUGAAUUUCGUAUUCAUCUUCGGUUUGAAUUUCUUAUGCUGGGAAUUGAGCCAGUGAUUGAGAAGCUGCGCACUCUGGAGAAUGCAACUCUUGAUAGGCAUUUAAACUUUUUCGACAUUGUUAGACUUGAUGACGAAAAGGAACUUUCUAAGAGAUAUGGAAUGCCAUAUAUUGAUCUACGGAGUGCUAGCUGUAUGUUUGAUGUUAUCAGAAGAAAAUUGUGUACAACAUCAGCGUACCCACACCUGCUGUCCAUUCUUCAUCACUUGCUUCUUGUUCCAAAUGAUCAUGGUGUUGCUAGGAGACUAUGGCAGUUGAUUGACAGAGUCGUCCAGCAAAUCGCUGUUCAGGAAGAUGAUGGCAGUGACCCUGAUGUGGCUCCCUUAGAUAUCAAUGUUAACUACAUUCUCGACACAUUACUUCACGAAGAUGAGAUACGCAGGGAAGAACUUGGAGAAGAUGUUGAAGGUCUUAAAGCCAAGCUUCAAAAGAAAGAAAGAGAGGUUGAUAACAAAAAACAAGAAUUGGACGAGCUGAAAGAGGCUUUCGAUAAAAUGUCUGUCAAGCUUGAGAGGGAAGCCCAGGAGAGGGAAGAAGCCAUGCAGCAGAUACGUGAACAAGAAGCCAAACUGAAUGAAGCUAAUGCAAGAAUUGAGCUUGAAGGUCAAGAAAGACACAAGUUAGAAGAAAUGUUGAAAGGAGUUGGUGCCUCAAUACCAGACGAUGCCAAGAUUUCCAACCUGACCAGCGCUGCAGCAGCGGCAAAGUUGUCACCAAUGGCUGGUGUAGCGCCCCCACCCCCUCCUCCACCCCCACCAGGAGGAGCACCACCCCCUCCCCCACCUCCCCCUGGAGGACCUGGAGGAGCGCCCCCACCACCUCCCCCACCUGGUGGACUUCCAGGAAGUCCAGCCCCACCCCCUCCCCCUGGAGGCAAGACAGAGGGGGGAUUGUUUGGUUUUAGUAAGCAGCCGAAUCGAAAAGCACCCAAGCCUUCGCAACCGCUCAAGUCAUUCAAUUGGGCUAAAUUACCUGAUUCCAAAAUUAAAGGCACUGUUUGGACGGAUAUUGACGAUGCAAAGGUGUAUGCUGUCAUGGACUUUGAAGAUUUUGACAGAAUGUUCUCUGCCUACCAAAAGAAAGAGAAAGACAACAAGGAUGCUGUCGAUAGUGUAUCAAGACCGAAAGAGUUGUCAUUCGUUGAUAGCAGACGUGCUCAGAACUGUGGCAUUCUACUCACGAAGUUGAAGAUGACAGACGAGGAGAUCACAGCAGCCAUACUUUCAGUUGAUGAAAACGAUGAGCUAUCGAAGGACAUGGUAGAACAGCUUUUGAAGUAUGUCCCGACAUCAGAUGAGAAGAACCUUCUGAAUGCUCACAACAAAGAGAUUGAGCAGUUUGCUCGAGCGGACAGAUUUUUAUACGACAUGUCAAGAAUUGUUCAUUACGAGCAAAGACUGAAAUCCUUGUUUUAUAAGAAGAGAUUUCCUGAAAGAAUGGGCGAGGUUAAACCAAGAGUGCAAGCUGUUCUGGAAGCAUCCAAAGAACUUCAGAGAAGUAAAAGACUUAGAAUAUUGUUGGAAGUUGUUCUGGCGUUUGGUAACUACAUGAACAGAGGUGCAAGAGGAAAUGCUGUGGGAUUCAAGCUGGGCAGUUUAAACAGAAUUAUCGACACUAAAUCCAGCUCCAAUUCAAAAAUAACUCUUCUUCAUUACCUCAUUAUGGUACUGGAAAGAAAGUAUCCCGAGGUCUUAAAGUUAGAGGAAGAGUUGGCGAACGUUAGGACAGCCGCUAAAGUCAAUCUGAGCGAAUUAGAGACCGAAGCGAACGCUAUUAAAAAAGAACUCAAAGAAGUUGAAAAGGAGCUGGAAUUCCAACACAAGAAGAAGGAACGUAUUCAUGGCGACAAGUUUGUGGAUGCGAUGGGCUCCUUUGUGAAAGUUGCACAGUUCUCGCUGUCUGAGCUGGAUGAAACUUGGAAAGAUAUGAAACAAAAGUACGGCAAAGCAGUGGCCAUGUUUGGUGAAGAUCCUAAACAGCUUCAGUCUGAUGAGUUUUUCGGUCUGUUCUCUGCAUUCCUGGUGUCGUUCGCGGAAGCGAGACAUCAGAACGAGGAAAUGAAGAAAAAGAAAGAACAAGAAGAGAGAAAAGCACGCGCCAUGGCUGAGCAAAAAGAACGAGAUCGGCAAAGAUCAGCCGCCAAGAAAUUCAUUCACAAUAAUCAAUCCGUUCCGGAGAAGAAAAACAACAGGAAAGGUAGUGCCCCAGGAGAGAACAGAGGUGAAUUCGACGAUUUAAUCUCCGCGCUGCGGACUGGAGACGUUUUUGGCGAUGAACUGAGUAAAAUGAAAGGUCGGAGGCGAACGGCACCGCCGAAGCAAGCUCGGCUGGUUGAAAAAGUUUCCGAACGUGAACGAGCGUCGCCGAAGGUGAACACUAAGUUUUAAAAGGCGUCAACAGACUUCCUUGGACAGAAUCCGUGUCGUGUUUUAAGCACUUCCCAUAUAAUGGAAUGCUGUGUGUAUUUUGCUUAAACGAGAAAGCGGAAACACACGCAGAUUCUCGGUAGAUAUCUGAAAAUUAUCUAGUUUUCUGAGUCAAUUGAGACCAAAGUUUUAUUCAAGUUAACAACAAUGCGAUUGGGUAGACUUAAGAUACACAGACUUUUGAUCUUCUUAGAUGCAAAGUUAGACAACAAGUAGAGGAAAAGAUAGGCUUAGCACGAAGAUCGAAAAUUUAGAGAGAAAAAGGACAAAAAAUUCCAACCUAGUGUAGAUCUGGUCAAACUUCUAAGCGAGUGAAAACAAAUCAAUAGUUUUGAUAACAAGUAUUACUAUGGAACAAGCUAAAACUUCUGAUAAACAUCAGGAUUUGUUUACCAGUUGUGCUUUUAAGUUAGUUUGUGCAAACCAUCGCCUAGACAACUGAAUGUGAAGGCAAAACGUGUUUGCAGUAUUAUGGUGACACUGAUUCGAUUUGUUAAGAUAACAUUUUCCUCAUAGGAGAUUAGGUUUACAGUUUUUUAAAUUUAAUUGGUUAAGAGUGGUUUUGCAGAACGGAUCUGGGAUGUGCUGAUGGGCAAUUAUUAAAAUUGAGGCUCAGUUGAAUAUAUGUUAAGGUGUAAUGACCGUUUGGGUUUUACAAUGCUACAUGCUACGCAAAAAUGGCGCAUACCUUAAAAAAAGUACCAAGUCUAGCCAUCAGGUGAACGAUUUAUUACCACAGUGUAUGUUAAUAUUAGAAAAGAACGAUCUGUUUUGCCCGUUUCAAAGUGAGUCCUGGAGCAAAAACAAUGUGUUUUACACGCAUACAAAACAGGUUAUUAGCCAAGGUUCGCAAAGUGGGCGUCCAAAAAUGUGCUAUAGGGAAACCAACAUUUGAAAAGUAAAACAAUUUUCUUUAAAAGGAGGCGUCCAAAAAUGUGCUAUAGGGUAAGCAACGUGAAAAAUAAGACAAUUUUCUUUAACAAGUGGGCGUCCACAUGAAGCUUGGACGGCCAUCUGGUUAAAAGCCGGAUGUGAACAUUCCACAGGACUUCGCAUUGAAACCGAGGCAACGGGUUUGUGGACUAGGUUGAUGUAAUGUUUUCGGCAAAAAAUACCUGUAACUUGCAUGAAGGCGGAAUUUUUGACGUUAUUUUAGUGGUUUUUUGGCCAGCAGCAGAUUUUUCUUUUGUUCCUUAGUCAAGAAGAUAACAUCGCCACAUAUAUAUUUAGCUUUAAUUGAGUCGCUGCCGUUUCUGUCAACGGUCUACAUAAAUUUCCUUAGGUGUACUUGGCAGCGCAUUUAACCGGUCAAGCAGGUUUUCAGCGUGCUCGAACCAGUUUAUAAAGUAGAAACGCAAUGUGUGCAAAUUCACCGAGACGAUCAAGGUUAUGACUGCAACGCCUCAUUUGGGUCUGUUGCGGUACAAAUCUGACCUCAAAAUUCAUACAUCGAAUAUGUCUAAAUCGUGAUACAAGUUAGUAUCAUCAGAUAAAUAUAUAAAUAUAAAUUAUAUUGUAAGUUAAAUUAAUUGCUAGUGCCCUUAAUUAUUUGAUAAGUUCUCUCUCGUCUCGGAAUUGUAUUGCCGUAUUACAAAGUUGAAUUCAUUUUGUCGAGUACGAAGGUUAUUCAAUUGUUUUAGUACAUGUAUUUUUUGUACGACACAGCUAUUGGAAUUGUCACUAUUCUGUAGAUAUUUUAUUUCUGGAUUCUUUUGGCCUUGCUCUAGAAUGGAGGCGUUUUAAAAUUUGUAUGUAUGUAUGCUUUUUUUGUAAAUUAAGAGACGUUUACCCAUUUGUAAAUUAAAGAAAUAAAACAAUUAAUUUGAGGCCUAAUUAAAAUGUGGCAAAUUAAUUGCA